CAACUGAAUGGACCUCCUCUAUCUUUCAGGUAUCGGCAUGCAUUGCACCAGUAUAAAAUCUUCCUUGCUGCAGUGGCAACUCGACCAAAAACACGAAAGAAGUUUGAAGCCAUGAGGUACGGCGAGGUGGCGCACUUCAGCCACCCGCAGCACCGGCUCCGGCUGGAGCACCUGGACACGCUGUUCCGGUGCGACGGCUGCAAGGAGGCCGGCAUCGGGGCGCGUUACCGGUGCCCCGUCCAGGGCUGCGCCGCCGCCGACCACGACCUCCACCGCCAGUGCGCGCUCCCGCUCUCCCCGCCGCCGCCGCCGCUCCGCCACCCGUUCUACCCCAAGUGCGCCUUCCACUUCAUGGCGCGCGCGCCGGGCGCCCCCGGGACGCGCUACUGCAACGCCUGCGGCCGCGACGUCGCCGGCUUCGUCUACCACUGCCGCGCGUGCGGCUUCGACCUGCACCCCUGCUGCGCCACGCUCCCGCACGCCCUCGACGCCAGCGACCGUGGGGGCAGGGUCGGCGUGAGGCUCUACCUGCACCCCAAGGCCGAGGCGGCGUGCCACCGGUGCGGCCACCGCGGGCGGAGCUGGACCUACCGGAGCCACUGCAAGAGCUACAGCCUCCACGUGGCGUGCGUCAUGGACAUGGUCGUCGAGAGUUGGAACGGCGUCGGGCGGAACAAGGGCGCUAGCACCGGAGGAAGGGGCGUGUAUGACGGCGCGCUCGUGGCGGGGAGCGGCGGCUACAGGGUGCCGGUGAUAAGGGGCGCGGCGAAGAGCAGCCAUGCGAGCAGGGGAGGGUCGUACUGGGGUAUGAGGAAGGGAAAGGUGAAGCGCUGCUGUGAGAUCGCGGGGUUCGCGGCGCAGGUGGUCAUCUCCGCGGUGCUCGGUGACCCCACCGCGCUCAUAGCCGGCGUCGUCGGCUCGCUCAUGGCGCGGUGACCACCGCCGGCCGCCAGCGCGCUCUUGGAGUGAAACAUGUUGUAAAUAGUAAACCGUACUCCGGACGUAACCCACCUGGCGCUGCAUGCAAGUUAUAUAACGGGUGUCCACGUGAGUGGAUCAAUGUCCCCACCUGUCAGUGUAGCAGUUAUUAGUCUCUUUAUAUAAACCCUUAUUAUUAAUUAAUCUCGUUCGUCAAGUCUGGAACAGACCUUAAACUAGUAAAA